AUCUUUUUUUUGAGACAAACCAAGAGACGAGAAGGAAAACAAGUGGAAUCCAUCGAAGCCAAAAAACCAUAUGCCAAACUCCAUCUGAGAAUGGCGUUGUCUCGUAUGAAGAGCUAAGAAGAAGAAUUGCAUGCAUCCUCUGCAAUUUUAAAAUCUCUACAACAAUUGAUUAUAAUUUUUGAUUGACUGGUGGAGAAAAAUGAAGAUGGCUUCUCUUCAUCAUAGUCACUACACCAGCAGCGUCAACUUGUGUUCAACUCAUCACUUUUCUGUUUUUCCAUCUCAUAAUAACAAUUCCAUGAGAUCUCUUUCCUAUAAAUACAAACUUCCCGCCACCGGAAACCUACUGGUUCGGUCAUGUUCUGAUGAUCGUGCGUUUGAUGUUGUCAUAGUGGGUGCUGGAAUAAUCGGUUUAACUGUUGCUCGCCACUUUCUUAUGGAUUCGGACCUAUCAGUUGCAAUUGUUGAUAAAGGUCUCCCUUGUUCUGGUGCCACUGGGGCAGUUGUAGGAUAUCUUCCUUUGUUUUGGAAUUUGAGCUGGUUCUAGGGCAGGGAUAUCUGUGGAUGACACACAAAACACCUGGAACUGCUACAUGGGAUCUUUCAAUGAGAAGCCAUCAACUUUGGAUGAUGAUGGCAGAAAGUCUUAAAGAGCAAGGCUUUGAUCCUAUGGUGGAGUUGGGUUGGAAAAAAACUGGGAGCUUAUUAGUCGGUAGAACUCGUGGAGAGUCAGACAUGCUAAAAGGGAGGGUGAAACAGCUUAGUGAAUCUGGGUUGAAAGCAGAGUACCUUUGUAGUAGUGAUUUGUCUAAAAGAGAACCUGAUUUGUUGGUUGAUAAAGACACUGCAGCUGCUUUUCUACCAGAUGACUGCCAAUUGGAUGCUCAUUGUGCUGUUGCAUAUAUCGAAAAGGCUAACAGGGGUUUUGCAUCAAAAGGAAGAUAUGCAGAAUUUUAUGAUGACCCAGUCAAAUGUUUCAUUAGGUCAGAUAGUAAUAGAGGGGUUGAAGCUGUUCAGACUUCGAAGAAUACAUUAUACAGCAAGAAGGCAAUUAUAGUUGCUGCUGGUAGUUGGACUGGUUCUUUGAUGCAAGAUUUGUUUAGAAAUUGGGGAAUGGAGUUUCGUGUUCCUGUAAGACCCAGAAAGGGUCACCUACUUGAGCUUCAGAAUUUCAAUUCUCUUCAAUUGAACCAUGGCCUGAUGGAGGCAGGUUAUGUUGAUCAUCGAUCUAUUUCUGGUUUGGAAUCAUCAGACCAUGGAAGGGACUUAUCAGUUUCAAUGACAGCAACAUUAGAUGCAGCAGGGAGUCUUCUUAUUGGGAGUAGCCGCGAAUUUGUUGGGUUCAACACUGACUUGGACGAGUCUGUUAUCAGUCACAUAUGGAAACGGGUUGGUGAAUUCUUCCCUAAAUUGAGAAUGCUUUCCCUUUCAGACCUAAGUGCAAGUAGAAAAGUCAGAAUAGGACUACGACCUUACAUGCCUGAUGGUAAGCCAGUGAUUGGGCUUGUGCCUGGCUUGUCAAAUGUGUACCUUGCGGCUGGACAUGAAGGGGGUGGGCUUUCAAUGGCUUUGGGGACUGCUGAAAUGGUUGUUGAUGUGGUGUUGAGCCGUCCAGGGAGAGUCGAUAGUGCACCUUUUUCUGUGGAUCGCGUUCUUGAGUAAAUGCGAGCUAUUCACGAGUACUGUAAGUAGUGGCCUAGGAUGUGAAAGCAUACAUGUUCACUUGGAAUUAUCAUACAUCAGUUCUGAGUGAGUUAUGUUCCUGUUGAAAGUUGCCAUUUGUAGUGACUCCUUUUUCAUUGAAUUUGUUCAUCUUGUAGUCCCUUUGUUUCAUUUUCUUACAUUAAGCUCUUUUUUCUUUUUAAUAAUAAUCUUAUGAAAGAAUUGCUUGAGGAUUCUUGACUUUGGCACUUUUAA